AUGUCAUCGUCAAAUUCAAAUUAUCAAAUUGAUUCUGCCUCAGCUUCAUACAAAAGUCAAUCAGAAAUUUCAAAGAAACAUUCAGAUGAUGGUGCAAGCAGUUCAGUAGCAAGCACAAAUAAAAUUAAAGCGAAGCAAUGUGGAAAAGCUAUUCAUUGUUCUUCCUCGAGUUCAUCUGAAAACUGCAAUUCAAGUGACAUUCAAAGAAAGAUCGAAAAGCAAAGAAAUGUUGUUUCUGAACUUAGUAAGCGUUGGAGAUGUAGAAGUCAAUUGGGACUUUCUGAGAACUGUCUUGGAGAGUUACAAACGAAAUUUCUAGAGGCAAAGCAAAAGCUUAAAUGUUUAAUUAGUAAGCAACAUGAAAAUCCUUCUAAAACAAAGCUUAUACAAUUUUCUGAAACACUCAUUAAUGAUAAUGAUAAUCUUAAUGAAGAAUGCCGACAACUUCAAAAUGAAGUCAUGCGUCAAAAUGAAUCUGUUGAAGAAAUGGAAGAAAAAGUUAAUACUUUAGAGAACUUAUUGCUUGGAAUUUGUUGCGAAAAUAAAGAGUUAACAAGAAAAUUAGAAGCGACAAAAUGUUCCGAAGAUUCUCAAGAAAUUGUCAAAUCAAAACUCAAUGCUUACAUUGAUAAAUCUGAACAGCUUAGUUGUGAAAUGCAUCAGCUAGAAUGUCAUAUCGAAGAAUUAGAAUGUGAAAUAUCACGAAUGAAGAAAGAGAAAACUGUUGCAAAGUGUCUUCAAAUUGAGGCAGAUGGCGACUUGCAAACAAAGAAGUGUCCUUGCAGUAUUGGCGAUAAUUUAACAGAAAUUAAAAUGAAACAAAUUCAAUCGCAAUAUACUGAUCUUCAAAAAGAACUUUAUUGUAAAGAUAAGGAAUGCAAAGAAAUGUGCGAACGUUUGAAAAAAAUGUCAGGAAAUUGUAAGGAAGACGAGCAAAAAGCUUUAAAUGAAGCUCUGAAAUUACGUGCUGACAAGCUUAAAGAUGAAAUCAAUGACAGCAAAAUCUUAAUUAAAGAGCUUCAAGAACAAGUUGACAUGUAUCGAGAAAAGUUCAUGAAAGCUCAAGAAAAAGUCGAAUAUCAAAGAUAUAUGUUGGAAAAUCUUGAAAUGAAUAACAAGGAUAUUGAAUCACAAAUCAAUGUGGAAUUAGCUCAAAUAAAAGAGAAAUUUCAAGAGAAAUUGAAGGAAUUGUGUCCCUAUCCUAAGAAAUAUGAGGAAUGUCGCUUAGAGCUUGAAGAAAUGAUAGAAAAACGUAAUAAUCUGGAAAAUGACUUGAAGAAGACAGUUGAAGCGUUAGCAAAAGCAUCCAAGGAAUUGAAAGUACUUCAGAAUCCUGAUGAUUCCCUUGAGAAGAAAUACAAACAACUUCAAUGUGAGGUCGAAGCUAUGAAAGAAAAAUAUUGUGGAAUGAAAGCGACGAAAGAAUGUCUUGAAGAAAAAUUAUCAAAUUUGAAAAUGGAACUUGAAAGACUGAGAAAAGAUUCGUCAAAAAUCAUCACAACCACAAAAUGUUGUGCUGAGAAAAAUCGCGAUGUAUUGCAUCAGCACAUCAAUUGCCUAGAAAUUGAUCUAGCACAGUGUCGCGCAUCAGCUGCUUUAUCAAUAAAUGAGAAAGAAGAAGUCAUCGCGAAAAUGAAACAAGAGCUUUCAUCCCUUUGUGGACAUUUCAGCGAUUGUCAAGCACAGAUUCUUCAAUUGAAAAAUCAAAUUGUUUACCUCACUAAUCAACGUCACAACAUCGACCCAAAAGAAUUAAACAAAAUUGAUUAUUGUUUCCCGAAGUGUGAUUAA